CCUCUGUGCUCCUCAAAUUUCUUCUCCUCCCUUCCCAGCAAAGGGAAGGGAGACGACGAGAGAUGCAUUGGAGGCCCCCAGAUCUGCCCCAGUCCGCAAACCCUAACCCUAAAUUCCUUCCAAAUCGGCCGGCGGCAGACACCGCGGCUCCCUCCUCCAUGUUCCACCGCCUCAACCCCACUCCCUGCGCGCCGCCGCAGGGGAUCCGCCACCGACGGGCCAGAUCCGAGCUCGCAUUCCGCGUCCCGGAAGACCUCGACCACUCCUCCGGAGAUUUCUUCGCGGUAGGAGGCGCGGACAAGGUGGGCUCGGAAGAUGACCUCUUCUGCACGUUUAUGGACGUCGAACAGGUGGAGGGGAGCGGAUCCGCAUCGGAGGUUGGAGUUUGGGGGGAUUGGUCGGCGGAAAGUGUUGAAGAUAGGAAGAUCAGCGACGCUGCUGGAGCGGCGCCUUCCAGGCCCAAGCAUCGGCAUAGCGCCUCCGUGGAUGUGUCGUCGAUGUUGUCGUCCGUGCCUCUGAUGGGGGAAGAAGUGUUUGCAGAGGCGAUCGAGGCGAAGAAGGCCAUGACGUCGGAGCAGCUUGCGGAGCUCGCUGCUGUUGAUCCCAAGAAAGCCAAAAGAAUUCUGGCCAAUCGGCGGUCUGCUACUCGCUCAAAAGAAAGAAAGGCUCGUUAUAUAUCAGAACUUGAGAGACAAGUUCAAAACCUUCAAACUGAAGCUACAACUCUCUUCGCACAGUUUACAGUAUUUCAGAGAGACACAACUGGACUUUCUGCAGAGAAUACAGAGCUUAGAUUAAGAUUGCAAGCUAUGGAACAACAAGCUCAGUUGCAUGAUGCACUAAACAUGGCACUAAAGCAGGAGGUUGAAAGGCUCAUGCUUGCGACUGGUGAAGUAUCAAACCCCCCCAGUGGAGCUUACAACGGGGGAUUGCAGCAUAUCCCAUACGACCCAUCAUUUGCCUCCUCCCAGCAACAGCCAGUCCAUCAUCAAGCAAUUCAGUUGCAGCCCAAGUUUCAGCAGUCACAGCCUGGCGCCUCUUGCAACCAUUUGCCCGCUCAUCAGAACUCCCUUCCGGCUAUGAUGGAGCAAGAUCCAAUUGGAGGGCUACAGGGAUUGGAUAUCAGUAAAAGUUCCAUAGUGAAGUUGGAGGAGGGUUCCUCGGUUUCCGCCGAUGGAACCAGAAACGUUUGACACACCAACCCCACAAACAAUUCACAGUUGUCAUAUACUCCAGUAUUUCAUUUCAUUCUUUCUUAUAUUAUUUUCCUUCUUGUCAGGAUUGUGUCAUUCAUUUCUUCCUCUUGUUGCUUUCAUUCUUUGGUGUAGCAUUAUUAAGUCGUAGAGGUCGUCACAUGUUGUGUUGAUAAUGUUUAGUGUCUGAUAUGGGAAAUGAAAGCAUCUUAGCAUUAUUUCUGUACA